CAUGAUGGUCCACGGAUGGCCCCCAUCACACUCUCGCCCCUUGUUUUGGGGGCGAUGCUACCUUCAGCUGCUUUUGGGGAGAGGGCGAAAGCCCAGGAACCAUGUGACAAGCUCCAGGAGGACUUGCAUGAUGGAAGCCCGCCUUUUCUCCUGCACAGAUUCGCCAUGUUCAACAAAGUUCGAAUUCCUCGCCAGAACCUGCUAGACCAGAGUGGGAAUGUCACCUCUGAGGGCACUUACAACACCCCCUUCAAGGAUGUCCGUCAGCGUUUGGGAGCAUCGUUGGGCAGCCUGUCCUCAGGACGCAUCUCCAUCAUUAGCAUAUCUGUGGUCAACCUGAAGCUGGCUGUGUCCAUAGCCAUCCGGUUCUCGGCCACACGGUGUCAGUUUGGACCCACGGAUAAGGAAGAGAUUCCCGUCCUAGAAUACCCACUGCAGCAAUGGCGCCUCCUUCCAUACCUGGCAGCUGCCUACGCCUUGGACCACUUCUCUAAGACCCUCUUCUUGGACCUGAUGGAGGUACAGCGUGCCCGGCUCAGGGGAGACCACAGUGACAGGCAGGCAGAACUCGGACGUGAGAUCCAUGCUCUGGCAUCAGCUGGCAAGCCUCUAGCCUCAUGGACAGCCCAACGGGGUAUUCAGGAGUGCCGUGAGGCGUGUGGGGGACAUGGCUAUCUGGCCAUGAACCGGCUUGGCAACCUCAGAGAUGACAACGAUCCAAACUGUACCUAUGAAGGUGACAACAACGUCCUGCUGCAGCAGACCAGCAACUACCUGCUCAGCCUCCUGGAGCCUCCUCUCCAAGUCACAGAAGUGUGUGCCCAAGGUGGAGCUCACUUCACAAGCCCUCUCAAGACAUUGGACUUCCUGGAAGCCUAUCCUGGGAUCUUGGGCCAGAAGUUCAUGGGCUCCAGCAAGGCUGACUGGUUGGACUCAGCAGCUCUCCUGGCAGCCUACCGCUGGCUUGUUUGCUACCUGCUCCGAGAGAGUCAUCAGAGAUACUGUCAAGAGAAAAAGUCCAGGGGCAGUGACUUUGAAGCAAGAAACAACAGCCAGGUGUACGGCUGCCGGCCCCUGGCCCUGGCCUUCAUGGAGCUCACCGUGUUGCAGCGGUUCCAAGAGCAUAUACACAGCUCCAGCGUGCCUUCGUCUCUGAGGACUGUGCUUGGGCAGCUCAGCACACUCUACGGCCUGUGGUGCCUGAGUCAGCACAUGGCCCUGCUCUACCGAGGUGGCUACAUUUCUGGUGAACAAACGGGAAGAGCGAUGGAGGACGCCAUCCUGACGCUGUGUGUACAGCUGAAAGAUGAUGCGGUGGCCUUGGUGGACGUGAUUGCCCCUUCCGACUUUGUUCUGGGCUCCCCAAUUGGCAAAGCUGAUGGUGAGCUCUAUAAAAACCUGUGGGCGGCUAUCCUGCAGCAGAGCGGUGUGCUGGAGCGUGCCUCCUGGUGGCCCGAGUUCACUGCCAACAAAUCCGUGGCCGACAGGCUGAAGUCCCAGCUGUAGAUACAGUUGGAGGGGUGGUUACAGCAGGAGCAGCUGAUCCAGAGGCCUGGACCAAGACACAGAGCUCCAAGAGACACCCAUGCUGAAAACCACUUAAACUAAACCUUCUCCUUGACCCUGGUCAGCCUGUUAUACCCAUCCUCAAAUGGGUUAUUUGCAAGGGGUUUGCACAGUGUGUCUCCCUGAGGGCCUUGGAAUUUAACAAAGGACUUUGUUACGCUAUCUUGAGACUCAGAUAGGAAAGUAAAGUCAGGGCUCACAAUGAAAGCCUUCUGCUCAGGUGAAUUUUGGGAUCCGGGGAAGAUUUUUUGAGAUGUUCUCUUCUCUCUGCUACUGCCUGAUUCUUUAACCCUGCUGUGGGGUGGCCAUAUUUCUGUUUACCUGUGUCAUUUACCGCUCUGUACCAUGGACCAUCAGAAUGAUGUAAUUUGAAGAUUUUUAUGGGAAAACCCAUUUUAUUAGCUCCUUUGGUGGCACCAGGAGUUUCCAGUGAGGAAAGUGCUCUUGCAGAAGACGUGCAUGGUGGUGGGGAUGUCCAGUCUGCUCACCACAGACACCCUGCUGUGUUAGUGACUGCUUGGCAGUGGCUUUAGUCCUUUUGUUUCUGUUCCCACCAAGUGUCCCUCAGCAAAUUCGCACAUGGCAUGACCCUGCUACACUGGCCAUAGCCAGACCCUCAUGCAGGCACAUGUCGCCAUCCCUUCCUGCCAUAGGGAGGAUCCCACACCAUUAGCAUUUCUGAUGGGCUGGUCUGAGACCCAGGUGCUUGCUGAGCCCCAGAGCCUCUCUCUUUACCACCUGCUCUUGGUCAGCCAUACUGCCCCAGCCCCCGCCAUGUCUCAGCCCCCUCCCAGAGUCCUACCCCAGUCCAAUAGGGACUGACAGCUGGAGUCUCUGUAAAACAUGAGGACCAUGUGUUCAUAGAUGAUGCCCUCCACCUGGAUCUAUGGCUUUCCCCAACAAUGAGGGCUAGGUCUUAGGUCCCCUUGGGUCUUCCCAGCUCUUGGGGUCUGUACCCUCCCACCCUGCCACGCAAUGGUCACCUCAGCCACCUAUUCACCUGACCAUACUUUUGUGUGGGAGCUUGGUUACUGUACUGUCUGAUUGGGGACUGACCAGUUUGUCACAAGAAGUGUCCAUGGUCAGUAGAAUGCUGCAUUAAGAUAAGUCACAUGGUCCCCAAGGUCAGGCAGUCUGACUGCAGAGUGCCUGAAGGUGGGCCGAAGUGCCAACAGAUUUCAAAUUAUAGACAAAUGGAUCAUUAGCCUAGCUUCUGGGGGAGGGAGAGUCAGUUUUCUUGAAGAGCCACUGGUAGGUUGACCAUGCUCCAUUGCAUGCCCACACAUGCAAAAGCAUAUAUGUGGCACAGAGUGGACUUGAUGGCUUUUUUUUUUUUUUUUUUUUUUUUUUUUUUUUUUUUUUUUUUUUUUUUAGUUUUGUAAUGUAUAUCCUGGGCCCUGUUCCUGUGCAUGCACACUCCCCUCCUCUGUCCCAAGUGUGAGGCAGGUGGCAUGUUGGAGCCUAUGGGCAGAGGCCACAUCAUUGAGACAAACUUGUUAAGGUCCCAUAAAAAUGAAACAUUUGUAAACAGCAGAAAAUAUUUGAAUAAUUGCAAUAAAGUGUUGAAAUCGAG